GACCACGGCCAGGAAGACGAAUCAGACCAUCAGAGGUUUAUUCCGGUUUACCUCUGCAGGACUGCCUAAAAGACCAUUCUUUUGUAGUUAUUAUUAAAAACCAUCAAAACGUCGUACACAAUGAGAGGCGAUCGUGGAAGGGGCCGGGGGGGCAGGUUUGGAUCCCGUGGAGGACUUGUGCAAGGGUAUCGCCCUUUUGUUCCACACAUACCGUUUGAUUUCUAUGUGUGUGAAAUGGCGUUUCCCCGGGUGAAGCCGGCGGCCGACGAGACGGUGUUCAGUGAAUGCCUGCUGAAACGGAACCAGGACCUCAGCCCCACCCCGGCGGAGCAGUCUUCCAUAUUGUCUUUGGUAACCAAGAUCAACAAUGUCAUUGAUAACCUCAUCGUGGCCCCCGGAAACUUUGAAGUGCAAAUUGAAGAGGUGCGCCAAGUAGGAUCUUACAAGAAGGGUACCAUGACGACCGGACACAAUGUGGCCGACCUGGUGGUCAUUCUGAAGAUCCUCCCUACAUUGGAGGCCGUCGCAGCCCUUGGCAACAAGGUAGUGGAGACCCUUCACACUCAAGACCCCGCUGAAGUGCUCUCCAUGCUCACCAACGAGACGGGCUUUGAGAUCAGCUCGGCAGACGCCACGGUGAAGAUCCUGAUCACCACCGUGCCCCCGAACCUGAGGAAGCUGGACCCCGAGCUGCACUUGGACAUCAAGGUGCUGCAGAGCGCCCUGGCCGCCAUCCGUCACGCCCGCUGGUUCGAGGAGAACGCCUCCCAGUCCACGGUGAAGGUACUGAUCCGUCUGCUCAAGGACCUCCGGCAGCGCUUCCCUGGCUUUGAGCCCCUCACCCCCUGGAUCCUGGACCUCCUGGGGCAUUCUGCUGUGAUGAACAACCCCUCCAGACAGCCGUUGUCCCUUAAUGUUGCUUACAGGCGCUGCCUGCAGAUGCUGGCCGCGGGGCUCUUCCUGCCCGGGUCGGUGGGCAUCACGGACCCCUGCGAGAGCGGCAACUUCCGGGUGCACACAGUCAUGACCCUGGAGCAGCAGGACAUGGUGUGCUUCACGGCCCAGACGUUGGUGAGGGUGCUGUCCCACGGCGGCUACAGGAAGAUCCUGGGCCUGGAAGGAGACGCAAGCUAUUUGGCGCUGGAGAUGUCCACGUGGGACGGCGUGAUCGUCACGCCCUCGGAGAAGGCCUACGAGAAGCCCCCCGAGAGGAAGGAGGAGGAAGAGGAAGAGGGGUUGGAGGAGGAGGGCGGCGGGGAGGACGAGAGCAUGGAGACGCAGGAUUAAGAGGACCUCCCCCUGUUCAGGGUGUCUCGUGGGAUGUUUGGACUGACCGCUGUUCCUUCCUCCGUCUGUCUGUCAUGUCGUUGUUUUCCAUUCAAAUGUCAUCUGACAUUUGUAAAUAUCAGUUGGUUUUGAUUUGUAUUGUGAAGUGUCUUUUUCUUACCCGGUAGUUAGUAUAAUAAAACCUUUUUAUUGACCUUA